AUGUCGAAAGAUCAAGCUCCAGGCAGGAAAUUACCUACCAAAGUGUCCUUUUUCGGAGCAGCAAGGAUAAUAGCGCGACAGCAUGGCUUUCUCGGGUUGUGGAAGGGCUUCAACUUGCAUUUGACACGAGACGUCAUUGGAGGUGGUGUAUAUUUUGGCGUGUAUGAGAGCUGCAAGCAAGCGUUGGGAAGCUAUUACGGCGAUGAGAUGAAGAAUACACCGUGGGCAAUUCCUCUUGCAGGUGCUAUUUGUGGAAUCUCAAGCUGGGUUGUGACCUACCCUAUCGACACUAUGAAGACUCGUGCACAGAAUAACCUUCUUACCACCUCUCGUACUCCGACAGUCGCCGAUGCCCUUUCCGAAGCAACGAAGCAAGCUGCCAAAGCCGCCUCCAAGCAGGGGCGUUGGCAUGGUAUUGAAAUGGUAAUUAUACGGUCCGCAGUACAGAACAUGAUACAAAUGUCAGCGUUUGAGCAGGUCAAGAAAGUUCGACAGUCCUGGUCCAAGUUCAAUCUUUACAAUCUCUCCCGAAUCCGUUCGCCGCCAUACCGUGGCCGUACGUUUUACCAGCAGAAAUGGACAGCAAAGUCCAUACUGCGGGACUACCACGGCGAGCCUGUCAGAGAAGCACAAUGGGCUAAGCAGUUAUUUCGCCGGCGGCUGAACGCUGUGAUACCUAUGGAUCCUACUUACAUGGCUCGAAAUGAUGGCACAAUAGAAAGCUCCGGACGUGGAAGUGGUCUCAAGGAUGAAGAUGACUUUCGGGGCGAAAUUCGAAAGAGAAUGGAUAAGACAAUACCGUACAUGAACAUGACCUUUGCGCCAUUAGAAAGAAGGCUUGAUACUGCCAUAUUUCGGGCCCUGUUCGCAAGCAGUACACGUCAGGCGAGACAGUUUGUCGUACAUGGCGCGGUCAAGGUCAACGGCAAAAAGAUGCAAUACCCUGGUUACUUGUUAAACCCAGGUGAUAUGUUCCAGGUAGAGCCACAGCGAGUUAUGUUCGCAACUGGCGCGCCAAAAGUAACCAAAAAGACAGCAGCCACCACUGAUGCAGAAUCAGCAGAUCCGGUCGAUGAAGCCGAAUCGAAACCUGUCGAGGAGGAGCCAGCCGAAGAAGAGGAAGAGGAGGAUGACGACGUUGAUAUCGAGCGCGAACCUCGCGAACUCCUCAAAGACCUCAUGUCCCAAGCCAAAUCCAUCCUCUCUCACGAACGUGCAAAGAUAGGCGCGAAGAAGAAACAAGACCUUCGAGCAUUCACAAAAGCUGUAAAACGUAUGCUUAGCAGAUCGACCAGCAGCACAGUCCUCACAGACUCGCUCGAAGCCCAAUUUGAAGAAAUAAAGAACCAAUUAAGGAUACAAAAACAACAGCAAAAAUCAGGCCAAGCUGCCGCCGACCGGGCCAAGGCUGCAAACAAUUCUCCCGACGCACCACUCGCGAAAGCACAAGUCGAUGCAGAAGCUGCCGAUCCAACAACAUCCGACGAAAAAGCCGCAGAAGAAGAUAAAGACGCCAAUUACCUUUCCGACGAAGAUCUCAAACAACUACAGCUUGCCUUUAAGAGCUCAUCUGAGAACCCCAUCGACCCCCGCAAGCCAUACGCUACACCGUGGACACCGAGAGAUUACAUGUCCGCUUUCGCAUUCAUACCACGAUAUCUAGAGGUAAACCAGAAUAUCUGCGCAGCUGUUUACCUGCGACAUCCUGUUGUGAGGCCGGGCCUAGCUGAGGUGCCAACACCAUACGGUCCUGAUGUCAACGGUACUGCCUUCACGUGGUACCUGAGACGACGCUGA